UACAUUUUGGGGAUGUUGACAGUGGGGGAGGUUAUGCAUGAUGGGGGCGGAGGGUGUAUGGGAAAUCCCUGUACCUUCUGCUCAGUUUUGCUGUGAACCUAAAAGUGCUGGUGAAAAUAGCUAUGUCAUGGGCCAGCAAACGUUUCCUGUAAAGGUCCAGGUAGUAACUUAGAUCAGACCUGGGAGCAAUGAAGGUGAGUGGACUCCAAAUCCCAUCAGGCCGUGGGGUCAUGACUUCAUGAGCUGCGGUGACACAGAGAGUCCAAGUGCUCAUGGGAGUUGUAGUUUAAGGGGGGCAUGUAUAUUUGGGGACAACAGAUAAUGAGGGACCUUCGAAGAGGCAUUUUGAUUUGGGGGAAGGAAGGGAUAAGCUAUUUCUCAGAGAACUGGCCGGACUGGUGAGGAGUGGGGAGUUGGAAAGCCCCCCUGGAUGGAGCCUACUGAUUCCUCUUGUCCCCUCCACCCAGCCCCGGACCCCGUCACCAUCACCGCCUGUAUCAGCGCCUUAGGGGGCCACGGAGUCAUCCUCACCUAGUCCUGCCCCCUGGGAGGCUAUGAGGCCUUUGAGUUGGAGGUGGGCAGGCCGGGACUCCAGGAUAGCUCCUCUUGUGGGAGAGACGUGUGGGUGUCGGGACUCAGGCCGACUCAGUCCUACUCAGCCACCAUCACGACCGUCUGGGAUGGAAUGAGGGCCCAGUCUGCCUCCGUGACCUGCCACACCGAGAGCACAGGGGCCAUCGUGGGAGCCAUAGUCGGUCCCCUUCUGUUUCUCAUCCUGGUGGGCCUGCUGGUUUUCUUCCUGAAGAGGAGGCAUAAGAAGAGUGAGAAGAAACCAGCACCCAGGGAUCUGGUGUUCAGCUGCAACAAAUCACCGCACCCAUUGGAUUCCAAGUCUGGCCCCACCUGUAUGCUGAGCAUCUUGCCCUCCUCAACCUCAACGUGCGUGUUUGGAUGUCCCAGCGAUGACCCUCGAGGACACACAGUUUCCCAGGGGACAUCCUGGCUGAAGACUUUGCCGACCACGUCAGGAAGCACGACGAGAAGGACAGCGGCUGUGGCUUUGCCGAGGAGUACCAGGUCGGAUGCUACAGAACUCCAGGGUGUAAGGGGUGAGUGGGGUGGCGCUCAGGAAGGCAGGGGGGAGCAACGCGGGUAUCCCUGGGGGAGGGCAGAGAAACUCCAGCAUCUGUGCACCCUCCCCUCACUUCGCCCCCGGCAACCGGCCCUGGAGGACCACAGCCAGUCCCAGACGGUGGCCUCAGCUCCGGAGAACAGCGCCAAGAACCGUUACAGAAACGUGCUGCCCUGUGACUGGUCCCGUGUUCCCCUGACGCCCCUCCCUGGGGAGCCGGGCUCCGAGUAGAUCAACGCCAGCUGCAUCCCUCCAGGUCUCUGGAGCCUCCGGGAGUUCACUGCAGCCCAGGGACCCUUCCACACUGUGGGCGACUUCUGGCGCCUGGUGUAGGGGCAGCGGAGCCCCACACUACUCAUGCUGACCAACUGCGUGGAGUCUGCCCAGGGGAAGUGUGAGCCUUCCUGGCCUCUAGACACCCAGCCCUGCACCCAUGGGCACCUACGAGUGACCCUGGUGGGUGAGGAGGUGAUGGAGAACUGGACAGUAUGAAACCUGAAGCUCCGGCAUAUGCAAGAGCAGAAGACUUUAUCUGUGCGUCGGUUCCACUACGUGACCUGGCCAGACCACGGCGUCCCCCACUCCCCAGACCCCUUGCUGGCCUUCUGGAAGAUUCUCUGGCAGUGGCUGGACCAGACCGUGGGGGGAGGCCCCCCCAUUGUGCACUGCAGCGCUGGCGUGGGCCGCACGGGCACCCUCAUUGCCCUGGAUGUCCUGCUGCGGCAGCUGGAGUGUGGGGGUCUCAUGGGGCCCUUCAGCUACGUGAUGGAGAGAAAGAACAGUAAGACCCCGCCGCCAUGUUCCCGGAGCCCCCAACACCGGGGCCUCCAGCGACCGACACGCCUCCUGACUCGAGUCGCAUCAGCCACGGCCCUGGUGCAGCCAGAAGUGGAGGAGCUGGAGCCGACACCAUCUGGGCCAGGGCAGCAGGUGGCAGAGAAGCAUGAACUAGGACGACUACAGUACUCACUGGAUUAUGAUUUCCAGAGUGGCCAGCUGCUGGUGGGCAUCGUGCAAGCUGAGGGAUUGGCAGCCUUGGACCUAGGUGGCUCCUCUGACCCCUACGUGCGGGUUUACCUGCUGCCAGACAAACGGAGGCGGCACGAGACCAGGGUGCAUCGGCAGACGCUGAACCCACACUUUGGGGAGAACUUUGCCUUCAAGGUCCCCUACGUGGAGCUGGGGGGCAGGGUACUGGUCAUGGCAGUAUACGACUUCGACCGCUUCUCCCGCAACGACGCCAUUGGGGAGGUGCGGGUCCCCAUGAGCUCCGUGGACUUGGGGCGGCCAGUGCUGGCCUGGCGGGAGCUGCAGGCGGCUCCUCGGGAGGAGGAGAAACUAGGUGACAUCUGCUUCUCCCUCCGCUAUGUCCCCACGGCCGGGAAGCUCACCGUCAUCGUCCUGGAGGCUAAAAACCUGAAGAAGAUGGAUGUAGCAGGGCUGUCAGAUCCGUAUGUCAAGGUCCACCUGCUGCAGGGCGGCAAAAAGGUGCGGAAGAAGAAAACGACCAUCAAGAAGAAUACUCUGAACCCCUAUUACAAUGAGGCCUUCAGCUUCGAGGUGCCCUGUGACCAGGUCCAGAAGGUUCAGGUGGAGCUGACUGUGCUGGACUAUGACAAGCUGGGCAAGAACGAGGCCAUUGGGAGGGUGGCCGUAGGGGCAGCGGCCGGGGGUGCUGGCCUGCGGCACUGGGCAGACAUGCUGGCCAACCCCCGGCGGCCCAUCGCCCAGUGGCACUCGCUGCGGCCCCCUGACCGAGUGAGGCCACCGCCAGCACCCUGAUCCCCACCCUCAAGCCCCUGACCCCAGACUCCUGGCCAAAGCCACGUCCAUGCCCACCUUUAAGCCUUCUCUGAACGCUAACACGCCCCACUCUACCCAUUCCUGCCUUCUCCCCACCCCCAUCAUGCCAAUCAUGAUAACCUGCCGACUCCCCCAAUAUGGCACAUGCCCAAAAGCCCCAGGGACCCCUGGAGGAGGGGAGCAGUCUGGGCUCCCGCCACCCCAGGGUCCCGCCAUCUGCUUUGACAAUCAGUGAUCCCAGCCUACUAUCCCCUUGGCUCCCAGUGUCCUUUUUCCUGCACAGUAUCACCCGCUCCUGUCCCUGGUCUGAUCCUGCACCGCUCCUGGGACCAAAUAAAUACUCAGCAACUUUG